CCACAGUGUGCAUUGACUCUGUUUAAUGAAAGCCAGGAAAGAACACAUUACACAGUGUUUCUUUAGAGAGCCAGCUAGCCUUCAGUGAUUGCAAUCAAUAAAAACACUCCGCAAGGGGCCCACAGGGGGAGAGAACGAGAGACACAGAUUGAGAGAGAGAGAGAGAGAGAGCACGAGAGAGAUCUCUGCUGAGUUUGCCUGACACUCUCUCCCUUCCCCCUACAACAAAAACAAGUGGAACUUUAGAAGUCAGAAGACAAGCUGGUCUCCUUUCAAAAGACAGAACAGCUCUGCUUUCCCCCUCACAUAGGUCCACACGAGCUGCGGGGCUGAGCUCAGGAUUUGAAACUUCCAACAAGUGCAGCAUCCACCACACGUCCUCUUCCCAGAAACGGAGGCGACGAGAGGAAGAAGCCAUGGGAUGGGAUCCAGAGAAACAAUUACAGGAUGGGUAAUACUGGAACUCCCGGCUGUCCAAGAAACAAGGUGAUCUAUCGGUGUUUACCAGAAGCGGUGCCCAUUCACUGUCAAGAGGCUGCAUGUGCCAGGAGGCUGCUGUGUAAAGCUCAGCUGGUGACCAGCUAAGAAGCCAUUGACUUGUAUCACUAUGUGGAGUUGUGAAGAUUCUAACUAUACCGACAACAACCAAGAGCAGCGUUUGUGCCAUGAUUUCCAUCUCAUUCUCUUCAUCUUCUCCAUCCUCUACCUCAUCAUUUGUUUCCCCACCAGCCUCUGCUACAAUGUGCAGCUCGUGCUUGUUAAUUUAUACAACAAGGCAACUAUGACCAUGCCCGAUGUCUAUUUUGUGAACAUGGCCAUCGCAGGACUGAUCAUCAAUGCCGUGGCUCCGGUCUAUCUUCUAGGGCCGGAGUACACCAAGUGGUCACUGUGGAGCUUUGGGAAUGAGGUUUACAUCACUUUACUGAUUCUGUUUAAUGUGUCGUCUUUGGUGAUCAUGUACUCUACAACUCUGCUUAGUCUGGACUACUACAUAGAAUGUGCCCUGCCAAGAACAUAUAUGUCAAGUGUCUACAACACAAAGCAUGUGUGUGGGUUCAUCUGGGGUGGGGCGGUGCUGACUAGCUUCUCCUCCCUCCUCUUCUACAUCUGCAAUCAUGUCUCUACCAAAAUCAUUGAGUGUUCCAAGAUGCAGAAUCGGGAGGCAGCUGAUGCCAUCAUGGUGCUCAUUGGAUAUGUAGUACCAGUUUUUGCAGUACUUUAUGCUUUGGUGCUCAUCUUGCAGAUACGUAAAGAAGCAACUCCCCUGGACCAGGACUCUGGUAGACUGGACCCCUCAGUGCACCGAUUGCUGAUUGCCACAGUGUGUACACAGUUCAUUUUAUGGACGCCAUACUAUACCACCCUGAUGGUAAACACUUUUACAGACAUUCAUGUGAAAUCCACUGACCACCGGUUUAUGAGGAUAUUUCAUUUCAUCGAAGGACUCUCUAGCUUCUUGGCCUUUUCAAGCAGCUUCGUCAUACCUCUACUACACAGACAUAUUAACAAAAACUUUCACAAUAAAUUACAGAGAUUGCUUAAAAAACUGCACUGUGGGAAUCAGGGAUGCCCGCAUGAGCGCACGGUAGUUCAGCAGGUGAUGACAUAAGCUCAGGAUGGUAUUACAGUAAUCUGGUUCUCCACCAAUGUGCCCUUGUUGUGAGUGGACCAAGAAAGGUUUUGUUUUAGCUUUGAGCAUGACCCCACGGCAGAUAUCCUAAGUAAUGUCGCCGGAUCAUUUAUACUUGUUUAAUCCUAAACUGGUAUAUAGUGACAUGCCUGAAACUUACUCCAAGCCAAUAUUAUAAAUGGCGGAAAGGGGACCGGAACUAAUAGCAAGGACUGUAGAGUAAGAGUGCCAACCAGUUGUGCUCAGCACAGUCAGGGGGGGUGCAGAGCCAUCCACAUCAAGGACUGACUUGCCAUUUGGUAAAUCCAAUAUUUCCACAUUGGCAAAGAUAAAAGGAAGGAAGGACGGACAUGUGUGGCUGAACGUUCUCCAUGAUUUACUGCAAAGCACUUUGAUACUGUAGAAAAGUAUUAUAUUCUCAAUAACUCAGUGUGAAGUUGUCUCAUUCUAAUGUAUGCAACAAGCUUUCUAUAGUUUGACUACUAAGUGAAGAAAAUGACCAGAUACCAGGUAGUUGUUUAUCAUUAACCAGAUGAGAGUUGUCUUUUUCAUUAUUUUUAAUGAAACCAGGAUCUAUAAUAAAUCAUGUUGAUGAAGGACAAGUAAAUGGCUGAGAAUCCAAAUG